UUGGUGCUCAGAGAGAGGAGAUAGUGGUGCGCGCACAUAAGAAUUGAAAUACAUGUGUGCUCCAGUAUGUGAAAUGGCUGAAAAAUAGUGUACACCGGCCGACGAUAUUUUCCGGUUUUUCCAAAAUGCUCCGCCCUCAAUUGAAAUGUUUGUUGGUCGCGCUUCUAGCUCAAGUAAUUUUCGGAACACGUAUACAGCCCCAGCGACUACCAGACGGACCAUCAAAUGGAUAUUACAGCACAAAAUUGGUCUCAGGAGUUCCGAUAAUUGUUGCAGAUGAGAAAGCUGGUCGGAAUGAAGAUUAUCCCCUGACUCUGGCUCCUAGUAUUGUAUCAAAUGGUUUUGCAAUCAAACCAACGAAGAGUUCAACGGCUGGACCAGGAGGCAUCACAAAAACUGAAUUUUCUACGUUCACGUACUUCAUCACCUCGUUGUCCAGUGGAACCACCGUCACCUCCACAGACACCGUCAUCUCCUCUAACAUAGUGGUGGUGGACCCAUCCGUCAAACCCACCCCCGCCUUAACCCUAGAUGCAUCCCUCUCAGUUCAGGCCACCCCUGCCUUAACCCUUAAUGAUCAGAUUUCUUCCCUCAACUCUGAGAACACAGAUGGAUUGAAGUUACUCGCCACCAGAACUUAUUUUACCACCUCCACCUACUAUACCACAUUAAUUGAAAAGUCCUCUACCAUUACUAAGACCCGGAGUAGUAUCCGUUCAAGGAUUGUGACAGAUACAUACAGUGGAGGACAGUUUGACUAUAUUCCAGCUCCUAUACAGUCAACAAUAGUUCCCUUGAUUGAGCAGGACCCGGAGGAGAAGUAUCUGUCUGUUGGACCGAAUAUUUAUGGUUUGGUCAAGACUUUUUAUGCUACUUAUACUUACUAUACAACCAACCCACAAGGGUUAUCUGAUCAGAGUUUGGAGGUAAUUACUCAAGUUUCAACAUCGUUCUUCAGCACUUCACAACUUCCCAGUUCUAUAGUUGUCUCGAUGCCAAGUAAAGAAAUAGUUCCUACAGCUUCCUUACAACUUGACAAGGACUCAUUGCUAAGCAUAAAACAGUCCUUUAUCUUGGAGCAAGGUCAGAUCAGUGGGGACAUACAACCCUCACUGACAGUUUCAGAUGUUACCCAAACACAAUUAGCAGAAGAUGGAUUGUCAAGUCAGGUAUCUGUAUCCUCUUCCUCUCUGCUCCUUCUCCAAACUUCAUCACCAGAGCAAAGUCUUUUAGACAAUCUACCAGAAACUGAUAUAUCUAUACCAGUAUCUUCUGCUCCUAUAACCAGACCACCAGUAACAGUAGAAUUAUCUGAAUCUGUUAAACCAUCUAAACCACUAGAUGUUGAUGAUGUAACUUCUACCUCUGCUGUUAUCAGUGUAGAAACAGAAGAAGAAGUAACAACAGAACCUACUACCAACGCCCCUGAGGAAUCCAAUGUGUUUACAAAUGGGCUUUUAGGUGCUGUUGUUGGUGGAAUCUCAAGUGCUUUCACCCCACAAAACAACAAUGGAGCCAAUGUUGACUUAGGUCCAGUUCUGGAUGCUGUUGCAACCCUAUUAAGGGGCCCAAUUAGAAGUGCAAUUGCAAAUCGUAGAAACACAGCCUAUGCCAAUGAUAGGAGCUCUGAUGAAUCAACUACCGUGACUCCAACUAAAGUACUAAGUAUACCUAAGAUUGCCAGAGUACAUAACACUGAAACUCCUAAUCUUAUUCCAGUGGGAGGAGCAGUUAAUUCAAGAUAUAUUAGUCAAACAGGAUAUGAUUUCAUUCCAUUGAAUGGAGCUCAACCCUAUUCAGGACAGGCCCUUCCUCGUUUUGACGUUUCUUCAGAGAUUGAAGCUGAUGAUAAUUAUAGGAGACAAAAUCCGCCUCAGCACAUAAUUCAAGAAGACAAUCCUCAAUACAUUGAUGUUCUCAACAAAUAUGAGCACAGCUACCUCUCUAAUAAACACCAAAAAGAUUCUUUGAAGAUAAAAAUAGUUCCAGGACGAGAAGUGAAUCAAUAUCAAUACCAAACAAACCCUAGUUCAAACUAUCAACCCUCGACAAUACAAAAACCACCUCCACCGAGACCUCAGGGAGAACCUCAUCAGCAUAGAUCCCAUGGACCUCCACAGAAUGCAAGACUGCCUUCUCCUCAGGGUGGAGGUCAACCUCCCCCUCAGAGCGGAGGUCAUCCUCCCUCUCAGAGUGAAGGUCAUCCUCCCCCUAAGGGUGGAGGUCAUCCUACAUCUAAGGUUGGAGGUACUUCUUCCCAAAAACUUGGAGGUCAUCCUCCUCAACAUAGUGGAAGGCCUCCACCCUCUCAGGGCAAACCACCUCCUCCAUGGCAACAAAUUCCUCGACCCAACCAUCCUCCCCCACGCCAUAAUAAUGUGUACAGUGGACUUGUGAACCCUGGACCUAACACUAACUCCCAAUUGAAUAUUCUUUCUCAGAAUAAUCGUAAUAUCAAUGUUCAUUCAAAUGCACAAGGCCUGCAACCCAACAAUGCACCUCUCACAUCCUAUGUACCCUUAGCACCUAAGUCAAGGCCUUCUCCUCCACCUCAGCCAUCUAACAUUUCUCCAUCUACUAAUACUUAUGUACCUCCACCAGCUCCAAUAAAUCAAUAUUCUCAUCGCCCUACCAAUUCUCCAUCCAAGAAAUACAACAAUAAUCCUUCAAAUCCUUAUCAGUUUAAUCCCAAUCAGAAAUAUGAGGAUUCCAGCACUGCUGUCAGUGAAAACAGGGAUGUUAUUACUCCAUUUAACCAAGGAAUUAAUCCUGCUACAAGAAUCAGCUAUGAUACAAAUAAUAGACAGAACUUGGGCCAGAAGGAUAAAUUUGCUGAAAGUGAGAUUAAUGCUGGUGGAGUUAUAUCCUACACUAAUGCGUACAACCCUUCCACCAGACCCCCAGUAAAUGAAUAUAAAGAGACUGACACUUCUCCCAAUAUUCCCCCUUCUACAGCCAAUCUAGAUCCAAGAACAUCAUCAAAAAUAUCAAAAAAUAGGAAAGAUGAGGAACUUCAGAAGCCUGUGACAAGUGAGAAGAAUUAUGUUGCAGGAUUCCUUCCAAACCAACCUAUCUCUAACCAAUACAGGCCAACCCAGACACAAGGCUCAGCAAAAGUUCAAGGAUAUGGAAAUACAGAUCAGAAAUCUCAAACCAAUAUUGGGCAUAAUACUGCUCACUCAGAGAAUACAAAUAUUCAAGAUGUGCGUGAGAAACGUAAGGAAGAUUCAUCUAAGGCAGGAGUUGACAUAGUAAAUCUAGAUUCUUAUGAAGAAUCUACGCAUGUAUACAGUGAGUUGGAACCAAGUUUUACUGUUUCAUCUAGCCUUGUUCUUGGUUCCAAUCCUGCAUCCCAUCCAACCUUUACAAGUGUCAGCUCAUCUAAGAACAACUAUGAUUAUGAGGGUUGGUUAACAGAUGGAGACCCUCUGAAAAAUCUUCCUCCACUACGACCAACAACUACACUUGACAUUACAGCUGUGGAGCAUGAAGCUCCAAAAACUGUUACUUAUUCUAAUGAAUGGCAAACACCUUUAGAUUUACCAACAGCAUCAUUUGAGCCUCAAAAUCCUCCUCCGCCUAACUCUAACUUUGAAAGGGAAUGGACAGCCUUUGAAAAGAAUGCUAAUCCAAACACUUCAGUUCUCAGACCUACUAAAUCUUUGUCUCUGACUGUUACAGACAAGGAAGCUCCUAAAACUGUUACUUAUGCUAGUGAAUGGUUUGCAAACACACUAAAACCUUCCCAAGUUACCAAGCAAUACAGUCAGAUAACCCGUAGACCAGAUCUAGGAGAUGCAAGGAUUGAGGUUGUCAGCCCAUAUGAUGAUGAAUUUCCAUCUAACAGAUUCAGAUCAUCAACCCAAAAGUCUAUAAACAAAAAUACAACACCCAGAGCUACAACACCCAACUACAGAAGCCAAGAAAGAGAAAAGCCCAGACGUCCGCUUGAUCAACAGAAAACAUACAAUAGAGGGCAGCAGCAGUAUGGUAAAAAAGAUAAAUACCCACAAAACUCUAAAGAUCAGUCUGGUUUUACUCAGCAACAGUCAACUACACCCCAACAACGACCAGAAUAUACUUUGCCACAGGACCAACAACCUCAACAACAAACUGGGUACUCUGAACUACAACAGCACCAACAAGAUCUUCAACAGCAACCAGGACCAGGGUAUCUUUCACAAAAUCAAGGACAAUUUCAAGAACAGUCUGGGUACCCUGUACAACAACCAGAUAAUCCACUUCAGCAACUAAGCCCUGAUCUAUUAUCAAAUGAAUCAGUAGAUUUAAAUGAACCAAAUCCUACUCUACAAACAUAUUUAACUUCAACCUUAAAUCCUUCUGUUGACAAUGAAAAUGUCAGAAACCCAUCAAGGUCAACAACUUCAAACAUACCUAAGGAUAGUCAGGUUUAUGACCCGUAUGAGGAAUACCAAGCAAACUACCCUGUCUAUGAUAAUUUUGAUUAUGUGGAAACCACAGGAACCUCUAGUUCAAAUACAGUGUUCAACUUUGAGCCAACAAAACCCAGUUGGAAUCAAGAAGCAGAAGGCCUUGACAGUGCUAUCAAAGUGACUCCAGAUGGGUAUGUUGGAUACAAGAAGAUAAAUAAUUACCCUACAUCUCCUGCUAAUUAUCCUACAGAUCUGAUAAAUGAAGCUUCGACUGAAUCAGUUCAGAAGAUCGUUAAAGUUGAAACCAUAUCUGAUGGAUACAAUGGGUUUAUUGAAAGGGUAACAUCGAGACCAGUUAGACCCAACCAAGACUCAUAUUUGGACACUCAGUCACUGUCAAACAAUCAAGAUUCACCAGGAACUUUUCAAGAGCCUUUUGAGAAUUCUUCACCAACCAUAGACUGGGCAAACUCUGAUGUAAACAAGGAGGGCUCUAAAUACUUCACUGAAUUAAUUGAUCAGGGUAGAAAGGAGAACAAGAAGAGGAAAUAUGAUGCAACCAUUUUAAGAUCUUCUUCAGUAAGUAAUAAAGGAGAACCAACCUUUAUAAACAUUGGCAACAUUGCUUCCACAAAUGCUUUUGAGUCUCUUGUUACACCACCCAGUAAAACUACACCUGCUAUUGUGACCUUGCCAGAUCAAGAGGUUUCAGGAAACAUUAUUCAGCCUCAGAAAUCAACGCAAGAGGCUGCUCAGGUUGGCAGAGCUAGAAAUAGUACAUAUUUCAAUGUAGGAUUGGCAAAUGGGUUGUCUUUAGAUAGAGAUUCUAAUAAGAAUAAGGAUAUAGAUCCUUACAGGAACAAGGAUGAGUCAUUGGAUAAGAAUAAAGAAGAUGGAAUAGAUUCUGAGGGGAACCCUGAUACUGGAAGUAGAAGGGUUCAGGAAUCCGACAUUGAGGGAAACCUAGAUGUAAUCAAUGGUGAGAAUAAUGAUUAUAAAGACAAAGAAGAUAAAAAGAAUGAGGGCAGGGGUUCAGUUCAAAAUUUAAAUGAAGUUGCUCUCCCGGAUGGUUUGAUCCGGAACCCUGAUGUCAAGAUCAGAAAACCGGAUGGGGAGAGUGGCAGGAGUGAAGAUAGGACUAGACUCCUUGAGAAUAAGAAGGAUGAAGAGAUAUCACAGAACGAAGUAUUGAAUAACAACUUGGAGGCAGCAAUAGUAGAACAGAUCCCUGGAAAUGCUCUAUCUGCUGAUGAAUCUGACCCGACAACGAAAUGCCAGAAAAGCUGUGGAGAGAAUGAAGUUUGUCACAUAAGUGAGGAUACGGGUAUAGAGUGUAAGUGCCGACCCGGCUUCGGUAGAAGGUCGAAUCUACCCGACGCAACCUGUGAAAAGUCCCAGAUGUACCAGAUCGAGGUGUUCACCACCUCUGAGAGCCAGGAGACGAGGAUAGUGAGGUUCAACCCGAGGUUGGUUCAGCAGGCCGUAGACACCAGUUUCGAGAACAAGAUCAAGGAUAUAUUUCAAGGAUCGGAGAUCACCAGUAUUAAGGUGAGCAACACCACCAAGAGGAACUACCCCCUCGGCACCAACAACACCAACGACAGGGACGCCAAGGACAACAUGGAGAUCAAGAUGCUCAUAAAGAUUAAUGAUGAGUCUACGACCAGGAACGCUACAGAGGAACGUUUAAGAUCUCUUCUUGAACCCAGCAUAAAAAGUACCAAGUUCCCCCUGGGAACCGAGGUGAAAGUGUCCAGGGUGAGUAUCGAGGACUACGAUGAAUGCGAGACCGAGGAGUACAACGAUUGCAGUCCCUUCGCUACAUGUACAAAUACAAAGGGUUCCUACAAUUGUGAAUGUCGAUCUGGAUUCCUGGAUCUCUCAUCAACAGGGUUGACCGGACGAGUUUGCACGAGCGCAAGCACGGAAUGUGAUCUUUGCAACAAGAACGGACAAUGCGUCCUGGAGAAGGAACAGGUAUCCUGUGCAUGUAAGCCCUGGUUCGCUGGUAAGAACUGUCAGAUUAAUCUUAAACUCCUCCUGAUUGUCGGAGCAGUCUCCGCCACCCUCAUGAUGCUGAUCGCCUGCGGGGUCUCCUGCUUCUGCUGUAAGGAUCGCAGGAAGAGAAAUAUUCCAAUGCCCUAUGGAGUGAGUAUGGCCCGUCUACCUCCGAAUAUGAGGCAUAAUUUGAUUAUGGAUCAUGGCACUGUAAAGUCAGGGAUGUCGAGCCGUACACGACAACAGAGGCAACCCAGUUCUCUUCAAUCCAAUCAAUCAAUGCGGAGCUCUUCCCACCCCUGGCAAGACCAUUUUGGGUCUACUGGAUCUCGAGGGAGCCACGCCCCCAGCCUCCACCCCGCCCCUCUGACCAGCCGACCUGCUAAACCAUCUCUAGCCAUCCCUAGAGCUAAGGUUGGUCCGACCCGGAGUUCAGGGUUCAGUGAUGACGAAAGGGAAAGAUUCAGCACUCCCACCACAGAGAAAAAUCGUGCAAUCUCCGAGGUUGCUUCUUUGGCAUCCCGCCACCGCCGCCCGUCCGUACCAUCCUUUGCCGGUGGCUUCAGAGGCAAACGCGGCGGUUCCGUGGACCCGCUCCUGGAGGGGUUCCAGUCCGAUGGCGGUGAGUCCGUGGGGACCUUCCAUAGGUCCGUAUCUCGAGGGGACCUGGACAUGGUGGAGAGAGCAGACACACACUCUGUCUCACGGUCAUACAAUGAGACUAUUAUUAGACCUGUUACCCGUAAACUCCAUACCCCUGCUGGUACCUCCUACAGGAGUAAUAGGUCAAACAGGACCUCAGAGGAGGGUCGGACCAUGGCGGAUAGGGACGGUGGUUCUUCGUUUGUAGUUUCCCCUCAUCAACAGCUGUAUAGGCUUCAGGAUAGCGAUGGAUCCUUCGAAUCACUGUAAUCCUUGAAAUCUUCAAAUUUCUAGAAAAAACAAUUUCUAAAAACUUUUUGUUUGCUCCUUUUUCAAGUAGAGCUUUAUAUCUGGUUAUAAUAAUACUCAUGUUAUCCAACGCGUGCACCAUCAGAGCUAACAAGCUUCUUCCUUUCGAAUAGAUGAAAAUUUACUUCCUAUAGUCCGAUCACUUCCGAAUAGUUUCGAUCAUUUCCGAUUAUUAUUGAUCUAUAAUAAUUAGUUCCGAUUGCAAAACAUGUUUAAAAAUCGCAACUCUGCAGUAACAGCUCAAUGGUCUUCCUAGUAAUCUGCGAAAAAAAAAUUCUUCCAUUUUGCAAUUUUUUGUUGAAUCAAGAAUCUCAAACUUUCCAUUUUGUAUUUUUUGUUGAAUCAAAAAUCUCAAAGCUUUCCAUUUUGUAUUUUUGUUGAAUCAAGAAUCUCAAAAAUUGUUUUGAAUCUCAUUUUUGUGAGAAACGUGUUUCCAAUUAAACUGAUGAAUAAAUUGUUAAAAACGAGAUUGUCAGUCGAAAUCAUUUCAACAAUUUAACUGGUUGUUAUUAAUCUAUUUUUAAUAUAUAAUGUUAUGAAUAAGAUGUUUAUGAUUUGUUACUUUAUAGUUUUUAUAGUCAUUUUAUUGAUGUUAGUCAUUCAAAUACAUUUUUUUUGUUAUUUUUAUCACAAUUUAGUCACAAAACUAGUUAAAUCUGAAAUACUCAUAAUUACAAAAUUACUUUUUUCCUUUAAUUUCUUUUAACUUUCUGUUACAUUGUACAAACAGUCAAAAGACAAAAAUAUGAAUAAAAAAUAAAAAUGAAAAUUUUGAAUUUUUCAAGACUUCCUUUAAAAUAAAAAAAUUCUCUUGUUCAGUUUUUACUUACUAAUUAUUUGAUAUAUGACCAAAGGAUUUUUUUAAAAUUUGAUUUCUCCUUUUUUCUACAUUGUGAUUUAUAAAACCUAUAGUGUGAUAACCU